AUGAACUAUCAAAGUAAAGUUAAUAAAUAUGUAUGUCCCAACGACCGACAGCUUUCAUUACGAGCAAAGCUCCGCACUGGCUGGAGCACUGCCCGCAGCGAGCCCCCGCUGACGGCGACGGAGCGGGAAGCGAUCGCGGCCGUCGUGAAGCGGGCAGAGAAAGUAGACGAGGUCGAGGCUCGACGAGUCGGGCGACUGGUCGCCCGAUUGGAGGGAAUGCGUCGCACUGCGCAAGGGCCGGCCCCUCGUUCUUGCCUGCUCUGUGGCGAGACUUCGAGGCUUUUGGCCCCAUUGAGGACUUGCUCCAUUUGCCGAAACACCGCCUGUCCUAAAUGCGUCAUCGAUACACCACCACACAGGUCGCCAAUUUACUCCAGAGAUCAGUACAUGUGUAAUCUCUGCGCUGAAACGCGGGAGAUGUGGAAAAAGUCUGGAGCCUGGUUCUAUAGAGCCCUCCCCAAGUAUAUUCUGCCGGAGCGCAAGGUUACCGGGCGAUACAACGACUCCGAGUUGGCCAGGUCCUUACAAGUGAGACAGGAUGCUGGGAAUAGCAGCAACGAUGGGAAGACCGAUUCUGAGCCCGGCUCACCCCUUAGUGUUCACGCGCCGAGCUUCUCGAGGCAGCCAAGCAACACCGUCAGCAGAAAAUCUAUCACUUCAUCACAAGACUCCCAUCACGACUGGAACGAGACAGACAUCCUCUCCCACGGGGUCAGUGGCCUCAGCCUGCACCGAACUGACAGUCUGACCCAGCGGCCUCUUGCCAGUCUCAAGCGGACAGGUAGCAAAGGCAGCGCCUACAGCAUCCGCAGCACUAGGAAAGAGAUGGCCAAGCCCGCCCAUCCAGAGAGACCUGCCAUCCCUGACGCAGGCUUUGGGACGUUGGAGAUCAAACUUGCCUACGACAACGGGACUUCGUCACUCGCCGUAACAGUCCUCAGGGCUAGAGGUCUAGUUGGAAUGGACAUGACCGGGCUCUCAGAUCCCUUUUGCAGGUUGGAAAUUCUACCUAGAGAAGGAACUUAUUCCAAUAGAUUGCGCACGAAGACGGUGCACAAAACGAAAAAUCCCGAGUUCAACGAGACAUUACACUUUUUCGGCAUCACCGAGUCAGAUCUUGCCGCGAAAUCGUUGGAGAUCGUGUUGUUUGACGACGACAGGUACGGUUGCGACGAAAUGGGCUCCGCCACGGUCUCGCUGAGGGACUGCGCGAAGUUGCCGACGACUCUUAGACUGGCGCUGUCCGGGGCAGCCAGCACCGAGCCGACGGGGCCUAGAGUCCUACUGGCCCUGUGCUACAGCACGAAGCGGCGGGCCCUCGUGGUAACAAUAUGCCGGGCGGCCGACCUCCCUCCACAGGACAGCAAUGGCUACUCCGAUCCCUUCGUGAAGCUCCACCUCGACCCCGACCCGUACCACAAGAAGCACAAGACGUCCAUAAAAUGGCGCAACCUGAACCCCGUUUGGAACGAGGAGUUCGCCUUCGAGACUCGCCCCACGGAGCUCUCGCGCCAGAACCUCACGCUGACCUUCUGGGACAAGGACUACGGGAAGCCGAACGACUUCCUCGGCAGCCUGGUCCUCGGCGCCGCCAGCAAGGGGCGCAGGCUCAAGCACUGGAUGGACUGCAUCAAGUUCCCCGACCACAGGCACGAGCUGUGGCACGCGCUGACCGACACCCAGCACCUU